AUGGCCAAGGAAACGGCCACGUCCCCGACCGCAGGCACGCCGCCAACCGCCGCGCUCAAGCGGACGACCUCCAGCACCCAGAAUAUGAAAAGCCAGAAAUCGAUUCUGGGUUUCUUUCAGAAAUCCUCACCUGCCACUCCUUCCAGCAACCGUACCCGUGAACCUGCCUCUUCCCCGGCACAAAGAGCCGCCGAGAAUCGUGGGAGCGCGCUUAAGCCGACGCCGAAGGAGGGCAAGCGGAGUUUCUCUAGCUUUGCUCAGGAUUUGACUCCUGUUCCUAGCAGUGAUCUUCCUGUGCCGGAUGAAGAAGAUGAAAAUGUGGAUGAAGUGAAGACCACCCAAGGGGACGCACCAGACUCCACGAUGUCGCCUUCCCGCAGAGGAAAGAAGAAGGUGAGUUACAAGGAGUCGGAUUCUGAGGGCGAAGAUGACGAUGAUGUUAUCUUCAAGCCCGGCCGCCGAGACCGCACUGCUGGACGUGCAGCCAAGAGACAAAAGACAUUACCGGAGAGCGAGGAUGAGUUUCAAGAGGGCGCAGACGAGGCAGGAUAUUCCGACGAUGAAAUGGAUGAUUUCGUUAUUGCAGAUGAUUCUGACGAAGAAGUCGUCUCCUCCAAGAAGCGCAAGAGACCCUCGACCCAACCGGCUCGCCGGCAAACGGCGAAAUCAUCAUCCGCGGCAGCACCAGCACCUCCCUUCCCAGAUGCGGACCUUGAUAUUGAAAUCCCGGAGGGGUCCUCAGGGACAGCUAAGAAGUGGACUUUCGAUCCAGAGAACAAGGAGCCACGAAAGGAACGCGAAGCCAUUGAGGCCAAGAAGCCCUCGAACCCAAACAAGAAGGAAAAGGCACACUUGAAGGAACCAGAGCAGCGAUAUUCAUGGCUUGCCACAAUCAAGGACAUUGAUGGAAACCCCAAGGGUCACCCGGAUUACGAUCCCCGUACGAUCUAUAUCCCACCACUGGCUUGGUCGCGAUUCUCUCCAUUUGAGAAGCAGUACUGGGAGAUCAAGCAGAAGUUCUGGGAUACUGUGGUUUUCUUCAAGAAGGGAAAGUUCUAUGAGCUGUACGAAAACGAUGCCACCAUCGGACACCAGCUGUUCGAUCUCAAGCUCACUGAUCGCGUGAACAUGCGCAUGGUCGGUGUUCCAGAGAUGAGUUUGGACCACUGGGCCAACCAGUUCGUGGCCAAGGGCUUCAAGAUCGCUCGCGUCGACCAGUCUGAAUCUGCCCUGGGCAAGGAAAUGCGUGAGCGUGAUGGCAAGAAGCCCGGAAAGGAAGAUAAGAUCAUCAAGCGAGAGCUUGCCAGUGUUCUCACAGCAGGUACCCUUGUUGAGGGAUCCAUGCUUCAAGAUGACAUGUCUACUUACUGUGUUUCUAUCAAGGAAGCUAUUAUUGAUGACCUUCCUGCAUUUGGAAUCUCAUUUGUCGACACUGCCACAGGUCAAUUCUUCAUGUCUGAGUUUGUGGACGAUGUCGAUAUGACAAAAUUCGAGACUUUUGUUGCCCAGACACGGCCGCAGGAACUGCUACUAGAAAAGGGCUGUGUUUCUCAAAAGGUUAUGCGCAUCCUGAAGAACAACACUGGGCCCACUACUAUCUGGAACAUGAUGAAGCCCGGCAAGGAGUUCUGGGAAUCCGACAUCACAAUUCGAGAACUCGAGGCUAGUGAAUACUUUGUUUCUGAAGAUGAUGAAAACGUCACAGCCUGGCCAGAAGCUCUGCGCGAAGCGCGCGAAAAGGAGCUGCUGAUGUGUGCAUUCGGCGCCUUGGUUUCAUAUCUGCGCUUGCUAAAAAUUGAGCGGGACUUGAUCACUAUCGGCAAUUUCACGUGGUAUGAUCCCAUCAAGAAGGCAACUAGUCUUGUGCUUGACGGUCAGACUCUGAUCAACAUGGAGAUCUUCGCCAACUCGUUUGACGGUGGAUCUGAAGGAACUCUGUUUCAGCUCCUCAACCGUUGCAUUACACCCUUCGGUAAGCGGAUGUUCAAGCAAUGGGUUUGCCAUCCGCUGGUGGAUGCAAAGAAGAUCAACGCCAGACUGGAUGCUGUCGAUUCACUGAACGCCGACCCAAGUAUUCGUGACCAGUUUUCUUCUCAGUUGACAAAGAUGCCGGAUCUUGAGCGACUGAUCUCUCGUAUUCAUGCCGGCAACUGCAAGGCUGCCGACUUCGUGCGUGUUCUGGAGGGUUUCGAGCAGAUCGACUACACUAUGGGCCUGCUCAAGGAUAAUGGCUCUACCUCAACCGAAGAAGGCAUUAUCGGUCAGUUGACAAACGCAAUGCCCGACUUGACCUCGCUCUUGGGAUAUUGGAAGACUGCCUUUGACCGCCCCAAGGCCAAGGAGAAUGGAAUUCUUGUGCCUGAAUCCGGUGUCGAGGGAGACUUUGAUAACUCUCAAGAAAUUAUCGAGCAGCUGCACAAGGACCUUGACAACCUUUUAAAGAAGGCUCGUCGUGACCUAGGAUCUUCUGCCAUCUGCUUCCGUGACAAUGGAAAGGAAAUCUAUCAACUGGAGGUUCCCAUCAAGGUCAAGAAUAUACCCAAGGACUGGAACCAAAUGUCUGCAACCAAGCAGGUCAAGCGAUACUACUUCCCCGAGCUUCGAAGUCUAAUUCGCAAAUUGCAAGAGGCCCAGGAAACCCACAGCCAAAUUGUCAAGGAGGUCGCCGGACGAUUCCACGCUCGUUUCGACGAGCACUACAGCACAUGGUUGGCUGCUGUUAAGAUAGUUUCCCAGCUUGACUGUCUAAUCAGUUUGGCUAAAGCUUCCGCAUCUCUGGGCCAGCCCAAUUGUCGGCCAACCUUUGUGGAUGACCAGCGAAGUGUUCUGGAGUUCGAAGAGCUUCGUCACCCAUGUCUCCUAUCUUCUGUUGAGGACUUUAUCCCCAACGACAUCCAGCUCGGUGGCAAGCAUGCCAGCAUUGAUUUGCUGACAGGUGCGAACGCUGCCGGAAAGUCCACCGUUCUCCGUAUGACCUGUGUUGCUGUGAUUAUGGCCCAGAUCGGAUGCUAUCUUCCGUGCCAGUCAGCUCGCCUGACUCCUGUGGACCGCAUCAUGUCUCGACUUGGUGCAAACGACAACAUUUUCGCCGCUCAAUCUACCUUCUUCGUUGAACUGUCAGAGACCAAGAAGAUCCUUUCCGAAGCUACUCCACGCUCUCUGGUUAUUCUUGACGAACUCGGUCGUGGAACUAGCUCUUACGAUGGUGUUGCCGUUGCCCAAGCUGUUCUACAUCACAUUGCCACCCACAUCGGCGCUUUGGGCUUCUUCGCAACCCACUACCACUCCCUCGCUGCCGAAUUCGAGAACCACCCCGAAAUCGCACCCAAGCGCAUGGCCAUUCACGUCGACGACGCCGAACGCCGUAUUGCCUUCCUCUACAAACUGGAAGAGGGUGUUGCAGAGGGUAGUUUCGGUAUGCACUGCGCCUCCAUGUGUGGGAUCCCAAGCAAGGUCAUCGAAUGUGCCGAAGACGCCGCCAAGCAAUGGGAGCACACCAGCCGCCUGAAGGAGAGCCUUGAGCGCCAGAAGGGCGGUGGCUAUGUUGGUCUUGGCUGGUGGAGUGAUGUUGCGUGGGCACUGCGCGAGUCUGUCACCGAGGAAGACUCCAAUGCUGGUGAUGUCUCUGAUCGUGGCUUGGAUGUAUUGCUGAAAGCUAUUGAAGCUUUGUAA